UCUUGUAAUGUAUAAAAAUCAUUGCAACAAAACAUUAAAAAGGUAGCCUCAAAGUAUCAAACCUAACCGUAAUUCUAACCUUACCGUCAUGUUCUUAGUCACGUAUUCUAUCGUUCCUCACAGAUUGUGUCUGGGCUAACAGCCCAGCCGAAAGAACACCAGACGACAUGAGUUUCCUCACAACACCACUGGACAACAAUGACGAUGGUUGCUCCAAGGUUAACAACAGAGAAGGCGCCUCGACCGUCGACGAAAAUGGUCAUACUAAACUCCACAAGGCCGCAGAGAAGGGACAGUGUGAUAUCAUAGCCGCCUUACUUAAAGGUGGUGCGAAAGUUAACAAACAGGACAAGUUGGGAAUGACAGCACUUCACUAUGCUACAGAGAAUGGUCACACCGGAGCUAUAGAACUGUUGUUGAACGUCGGCGCAGACAUUGGUGCAACGGACAAGAAAAAACGCACCUUACUCCACUGCGCUGCUGAGAACGGUAACAGUCAAGUGAUUGAGAUGUUGAUCAAAACAGGCGCCGAAAUUGACGCCACGGGUGAGAGGGAUUGCACUGCUCUCCACUGUGCUUCAAAGACGGGUAAUCGUGCUGUUGUUGAUGUCUUGGUGAAUAACGGUGCAGAUAUCGGUGCUAAGGAUGAGGACGGUUGUACAGCGCUUCACUAUGCCGCGGAAGACGGGCAUUGCUCUGUUCUAGAGCUCCUUCUCGACCGAGCCGAGAAACAGCGAAGGGACAGUGCGAAGCUGUGA